ACCCGGAAAUCUCUUAGCCAGCUGAACGGCUUUCCUAGAGCGGAAGUCGGGAUUCCUUUCUGCGCAUACGUACUUCUGCCCUCUGCUUCUUGGGUGCCGAUUGCUCUGUUAGCGCUGCUUCACUUUGGCUCCGGAAAACAGCGUUCUGGGGAAGGGGAUGCGCGACCCGAGAAGAGGAGGAAGACCGCCACCUCGCGAGUAUCGCCAUGGAGGUGGAGGAGGCCUUCCCUCUGGUGGGUCAGAUGGGCCCCUUCCAGGUGUGGCUUUGCGUCUUGAUGGCGGUGCUGCUCCAGUGGUUUUUAAUUGGCAAUACUUCAUAUAAGAUCAGUGUUGCCAGUUCAUGUUUCUUUGGCGGUGUGUUUGUUGGAGUAAUUACUUUUGGGCAACUAUCAGAUCGUUUUGGGAGGAAAAAAGUCUUCCUUAUAGGUUUUGGCCUUGACAUUGUAUUUGCUGUUGCUAAUGGAUUUUCUCCUACAUAUGAGUUUUUUGCAGUUUCUCGUUUCUUGGUUGGAAUAAUGAAUGGUGGAAUGUCACUGGUUGCUUUUGUCCUGUUGAAUGAAUGUUUGGGAACUGCUUAUUGGGCAUUGGCAGGAUCACUUGGUUGCCUCUUCUUUGCUGUGGGAAUUGCUCAGUAUGCUUUGUUAGGAUAUCUCAUUCGCUCCUGGAGAUUAUUAGCAUUGAUGGUUAACCUGGAGGGAGCGGUAGUCUUUCUCCUUUGUCUAUUCAUUCCUGAGUCACCUCGUUGGUUAUAUUCCCAAGGUCGGCUCCAUGAAGCUGAAGAUUCUCUCUACCUCAUUGCAAAGAGAAACUACAAGCCCAAGUGCACUUUUUCACUUAAACUUCCAACUGCAUGGAGUUGUAAGGAGUCUUGUAGUAUUAUGGAUCUGUUCCGAUAUAAGAUCCUUUUGGGACGUACUCUGGUCAUGCUGUACAUCUGGUUUGUAUGCAGCUUGGUUUAUUAUGGUCUUACUCUCAAUGUGGGUGAUCUGGGUGGCAGUAUCUAUGCUAAUUUGGCUCUUUCUGGUCUAAUAGAGAUUCCUGCAUACCCACUCUGUAUCUAUUUGAUAGGCCAGAAAUGGUUUGGCCGUAAACGGACUCUUGCUGCAUUUUUGUUUCUAGGAGGACUAGCCUCUCUCCUUGUCAUGUUCCUUCCGCAACAGAAAGCUACAGGAGUAUUUGCAAUUGUGAACAACCGUUCUUUGUCUUUACUUGGAAAACUAACUAUCAGUUCAGCCUUUAACAUUGUGUAUAUUUACACAUCAGAACUCUAUCCUACCGUUAUCAGGAAUGUUGGAAUGGGAACCUGUUCUAUGUUUUCACGAAUUGGUGGAAUUAUUGCUCCUUUUGUCCCAUCUCUGAAAGUUAUAUAUUGGUAUCUGCCAUAUGUUGUGUUUGGAGUGGCAAGUGUGUUAGCUGGUUUUCUGAGUCUCUUACUGCCAGAAACCCUAAAUAGCCCACUGAUGGAAACAUUAUCUGAUAUACCAGUUUGCUCAUAUCGAAGGCUUGAAGGUGAAGCCAUGUCACUGAAGAUCUUAGAAGAUUCACAGUCUGACCAAGAUUCAUCCAGGACCGAAAGUGACAAUGAAGAAUUCUAUGAUGCCAGUGAAGAGACUCAGAUGAUCAAGUGAGGGAUCCCUGUUGAAUAUUAUGCUCUCUUUGUGGAAAAAAAGUUGGAUAAAUCUUACUUAAGUGCCAGGUGCAAUUGUGACAGUAGCAAUAUGAUAUUGUGCUUUUAAGAAAAAAAUAAAUUAUGAUUUUAAAUUAUCAGACUGUAAUAGAAGACUAUGGCCACCAGGAGGCUCCCUUGAUACAUGGAGCUGACUGAUUAGGACAGUAAGACAUAUGCAAGUGAACUCUAGUUUUGAAUCAUGGCAAUCCAUUUGUUACAAAGCCAAAUCUUCAGCAUAUAUUAGAAUCUUCUUUGCAUUUUGUUUUUGUUAAGUGAAUUUCAUGUUUGUUGCACUUUAGUUUUAUUUUACUGUACUAAAAAUUGACCAUGGAAAGCUAUAAUUAACUAUUGAAUAGGAAAAAAAUGGUUCAUAUAUUGCAAGAUGUUACAUUUAUACUGUAAAAUCUAAUGCUGUAUAUAAUACAGAAUUGUAUGAAUGUUUAGGAUUUUAUAGUGUGUGAUAAUGUUGCAAAGAAGAGAAAUUUGUAAGUUGCAAUGAUUGAUACUAUAAAAGGCAACUAAUCAUA